AUGUUUGCCAAGAUCAUGGUCGCUACCCUCCUCCCCGUCGUCCUCUCUGAGGGUCCAUUUGGACCACAGGGUCGCUUCUUCGGCGGAUUUCGCGGACCUCUCGUUGGAGCAGCCGCCACCCCAGGCAUCUCCUCGGUCGAGCCAGUCUACCCCCCGCAGCCAUACAGCUUCGGCUACGAUAACGUGGACGAGUUCGGCACGCAGUCCUACCACAAGGAACAGAGUGACGCCAACAACGUUAAGACCGGUACGUAUGGCUACCGCGACGCCAGCGGCAUCUACCGGCGAGUGUCGUACGUGGCUGACGCCAAUGGCUUCCGCGCCACCGUCAAUACCAACGAGCCGGGAACGGCCCCUGGCUACAGCGCUGACGCAGUCUUCAAUGCCAAACCGGUCCGCGUUCCUGCUGUGGCAAAGUCAGCGUCAGCUCCGGUCCCUACAUAUGCUGCACCAUUUGCCUUCGGCCAGGCUCCCUGGUCCGGCUAA